UAUUAAAAAUUACAGAAUGCAGCGUUGAUAUGUCAGAAGAUGAAUCAUCCUUUUGAUCCUGUGAAAAUGUUGUUUUAUCUUUUCAUUCUCCAAGGAUGGUUUCCCAUCUCUUUCUGUGAAGCUUGGUCUUUCAGAUUCCCGAAAUCCAUGAGCGUGUUGAAACAUUCCAAUGUAACAAUUCCAUGCAAUUUCACAUCUCCAGAAGGCUUCAGUGAUGUCCAUAUCAUUUGGUACAUUUAUAAUACUUUUACAUAUUCACAAGUUUUCAAUAGCAGAGAUCCGUCUGCAGUGAUACCUGAAUACCAAGGCCGUACCUUUCUGGAGGGAAAUGAAACAAAAAGCUGCUCAUUACGGAUUAACGAUGUUACCAAAAAUGAAAAAUUCUAUCCAGGAAUAAAUACAAAUAUAAACUCGUAUGAUCUCUGCAAACAGACUGUCAAUGUUAAACUCAGAGAUUGGAUAUUUAUAUUCCCAGAAUCCAUUCAAGCAUUGAGUGGUUCCUGUCUGGAGAUUCCCUGCUCUUUCACUUACAAAGAUGAUGAUGAUGAUUUUAAUUUGAUUUGGUUUAUGUAUCAUUUUACAUCAUAUCCUCAAAUCUUCAAUAAGAGAAUGCCCUCUGCUGUGGAACCAAAAUAUAAAGGUCGGACCUCGAUGGUGGGGAAUGGAACAAACAGCUGCUCCUUGAGGAUUGAUAAUGUGAAAAGUAGUGAAUAUUAUUACCCUGGAAUAGACACAUAUAUAAAUUCAUAUAAAGUCAACAAUGGUAAAAGCAUUAGGGUCAAAGUCUCAGAUUCGUUUUUUAUGCCAGCAAUAAAAGGAGCAGAUGGCAUACAAGAAGGGAAGACGAUCAGUAUAUCCUGUUCUGUAAAACAUACCUGUGCUUCCAGCCCACCGUCUCUAGAAUGGAACAAGGCUGGACAUCCUAUCAGUGUGCAGUAUGAAGACAUCUCAGGAGGCUAUUGGCGAGUUCAAUCAGAAAUCAGAUAUUCUCCUUCCUAUCAGGAUCUUAACACAAGCCUGGGAUGCACUGCUACAUUCCAAAAUGGGAAAAGGUUUUACCAAUACACCAUAUUAAAUAUCAAAUUUCCUCCUCAGAACAUGAGUAUCCACGUAUUGGACAAAACUGAGAUGAGAGAAGGAGAUACUGUGACCUUACAAUGCAUUACUCGGGCUAAUCCUGCACCAUCGUCCUACGAGUGGUACAAGGUUCAGAAAAACUCAACUGCAAAGUUAAAAGAAAUUGCUGAAAAAGUACAAAUCUUGAAUGUAAACCUGGACAAUAAUAGAUAUUACUGCUCUGUAAGGAAUGAGCUCGGGACAGGAAAUUCAUCCAUUAUAGAGCUUCCUGUAAAAUAUAGAGCCAAAGGUGUCAGAAUUAAUCUGGAAAAACAAGGAGACAGCGUGAAAAUGGAAUGUGUGUUCAGUAGUGGUAACCCAGAACCAACUCAAUAUGCCUGGAUUCAUAAUGGUUCUUUGAAACACAAUAAAACUGAAAAGAUUCUGAUCAUUAAAGCCACCGUAAUAUCAUCGGGGAGUUAUCAGUGUGAGGUUUCCAAUGACGUUGGGAAAUCCCUGUCUGAACCUGUCACUGUUACCGUCACAGAUCCAGAAACAGUUAUUGCAGAUGAUUCACAUACAAAAGAUAUGACAUUGAUACUUGUGGGUGUAGCGGGAGUAAUACUCGUCAUCCUACUAAUUCUGUUCAUUUACAUCUUUCUCAGGUGGAGGAGAACAGGAAAGCCAGCUGUUCUGGAAAAUACAAGAACCGGAGCCAAUCUUCAGAAUAGGAAUGUUCCUGAGCAGAUCUCAAUGAGCGACCAGUUGUAUGAAAAUAUUCAUAAGGAGCCAGUGUUGUAUGGGAAUAUCCAGCCUAUGCCACAUUCUAAUAGUCACCUAACGGACCAAAGACUCAAAGACACUCGGAAUCCAGACAAGAGAAGUGAUCAAGACAGCCAUGAUGCGUCAGCACUAUAUUCUAAGCCACAGAAGAGGUCCGAAGAUGUUUUGUACGUUUUACUCCAACAUGGAUCAACUGGUCAAACCCAAGACGUAAUGAGACAAAACGAAGAAGGAAGUUCACUUUACACAACAGUCAAUCAUUAGCUCUUAUAUAAAAAUACAAUGGUGGCUCAUACAUAGCAGCUCUUAAGUAGUGUCAAACCAAUCAGUUGUUUUUGUAAAAAUACCUUUUAAGGUAAUAGCACAUACACAAAAAUACAAUUUUAAAUAUUUGACAGAUAAGUAAUAUGCCACGCUAUCCCAGCUCUGUAUGUGUCUGCUGAUAAUGUGUCCCCCAAUCCCAGCUCUGUAUGUGUCUGCUGAUAAUGUGUCCCCCAAUCCCAGCUCUGUAUGUGUCUGCUGAUAAUGUGUCCCCCAAUCCCAGCUCUGUAUGUGUCUGCUGAUAAUGUGUCCCCCAAUCCCAGCUCUGUAUGUGUCUGCUGAUAAUGUGACCCCCAAUCCCAGCUCUGUAUGUGUCUGCUGAUAAUGUGUCCCCCAAUCCCAGCUCUGUAUGUGUCUGCUGAUAAUGUGACCCCCAAUCCCAGCUCUGUAUGUGUCUGCUGAUAAUGUGUCCCCCAAUCCCAGCUCUGCAUGCGUCUGCUGAUAAUGUGACCCCCAAUCCCAGCUCUGUAUGUGUCUGCUGAUAAUGUGACCCCCAAUCCCAGCUCUGUAUGUGUCUUCUGCUAAUGUGUCCUCUAAUCCCAGCUCUGUAUGUGUCUGCUGAUAAUGUGUCCCCCAAUCCCAGCUCUGCAUGCGUCUGCUGAUAAUGUGUCCCCCAAUCCCAGCUCUGUAUGUGUCUGCUAAUAAUGUGACCCCCAAUCCCAGCUCUGUAUGUGUCUGCUGAUAAUGUGUCCCCCAAUCCCAGCGCUGAUAAUGUGUCACUGAAUACAAGCUCUGUAUGUGUCUGCUGACAAUGUGUCACUGAAUACCAGCUCUGUAUGUGUCUGCUGAUAAUGUGUCCCCCAAUCCCAGCUCUGCAUGCGUCUGCUGAUAAUGUGUCCCCCAAUCCCAGCUCUGUAUGUGUCUGCUGAUAAUGUGACCCCCAAUCCCAGCUCUGUAUGUGUCUGCUGAUAAUGUGUCCCCCAAUCCCAGCGCUGAUAAUGUGUCACUGAAUACAAGCUCUGUAUGUGUCUGCUGACAAUGUGUCACUGAAUACCAGCUCUGUAUGUGUCUGCUGAUAAUAUGUCCCCAAUCCCAGCUCUGUAUGUGUUUGCUGAUAAUAUAUACCCCAAGCCCAGCUCAGUAUAUGUCUGCUGAUAAUAUAUACCCCAAGCCCAGCUCAGUAUAUGUCUGCUGGUAAUGUGUCCCUCAAUUCCAGCAUUGUAUUGUCUUGACAGCUGUAAUGAAUUUAGUUAUUUU